CGAGAAACUAAAAAUAUUAGAACCCAAAAAGAACUGAUCGAAUUUAGGGCAAAAUGUCAAAUUAGGGUUCUUCAGUGCCCCAGGAGUUCAUUUUGCGAGUGUUGAGAAGCAACAGCAAAACCAUUAGAUUAAAAGAUUGGAGAGCUAUAUGGACAGUAUAAGUUUGUUGCCCGAUGAUUUCCUCUUGCGCAUACUGUCAUUGCUUCCUACAAAAGACGUGUUGAACACUAGUGUUUUGUCUAAACGAUGGCGGUAUCUUUGGAAGUUGGUGCCAAAACUUCAGUACAGCCUUAUCGAUAAGAAUGCUGAUCAUGGGACAUUUGUGCGGUUUGUGGACAGAUCGUUGCUACUUAGCAUGGCUCCGGUUUUAGAGAGUUUACAUUUAAAGUUAGGUCGACAAUGCAGCGAAGUAGAUAUCGGGUUUUGGGUUAGAAUUGCAGUGGAAAAAGGUUUGUGUGAGCUAGAUUUCGAUUAUGAGCAUUAUAAGACUGAGCCUUGCAGAUUGCCUCAGAGCUUGUUCACAUGCGGAACACUCACGGUGCUAAAACUAAAAAACGUAUCGCUCAAGGAUGUACAAUUCCCGGUAUGUUUUAAGUUGCUCAAAACGCUGCACCUGGAGUAUGUGAUUUUCCUAGACAAGGAAACUCCUCAGAAGCUUUUAUCAAGCUGCCCUAUUCUUGAAGUCUUUGAUUUGACUCGAGAUGACGACGACGUUGAUAAUGUUAUGAGUUUCUCUGUUAUGGUGCCUUCGUUACAAAGAUUUAUCUAUUGUGGAGGAUCUGGUGCUGAGCUUGUGAUGAAUACGCCUUCUUUGAAGUACUUAAAGCUUUCAGGUUGUGGUUACGAGUGUAUGAUUGGGAAUUUGCCUGAGAUUGUGGAAGCACAUGUUGAGGUUGCAUGUUCCACUGAUGAUAUCCUUACAUCUCUUGCAUCAGUCAAACGCCUCUUGCUAUGUUUACCCACAGAGCCUGAGUUACCUACUGGUACCAUCUUCCACCAGCUUGAACACUUGGAGUUUUGUUCUUGUUGCACAGAAUGGGAUAUACUUAUGUUUAUGCUCAAACAUUCCCCGAAACUUCGAUCUCUCAAGCUUAACGAGGUAAGUGUGCCCUUUUGAAACUAUGAAAAACUUUGCGUGUUAUCUUGACUAAAUGUUCUUUAAUGGUCUAAUAAUGAACUCAGACCCACGGCUACACUAUUGUUUCUCAAAGUGAUCCUAUGUUUCAUUGGGAGGAACCAAGCUCGGUUCCUGAAACUUUGAUGUUUGUUCUUGAGACUUUGGAGUGGAGAAACUACAGAGGGUUGAAGAUGGAAAACGAACUCGCAAGUUUUCUCUUGAAACAUUCAAGACGUCUGAAGAUUGCAACCUUUUCGCCAGCAGACUGCAAACAAGUGAGAAUCGAAUUACGUACGACAGUUGGAAUGAAAUAUCGUAUACUCAUGGAAUUGGCGCGUUUGCCAAGGGGUUCAGCAGAGUGUGAGCUUGUGUUUGGUUAAGUAAGCUUUUGUAUAAAGAGAAGGUAAUAGAACAUGAGUUUGGUUAAAUGCUGGUGUGGACUCUCUAUCUCUCUCAGUCCCUCAACGAUCUUACAGGAGUUUGGAGAUUGGAUUUAUAGAAAUAUGGCCAUUCUGUUAUUUCUAAUGACUUGUAUGUUAUUGUAGUAAGAGUGGUUAAAACCUUUUUAAAAGGAAUGAAGAUUUAUGAAGUUGAGUCGAAAAAUAUAGAAUUUACUUGAUAUUUAUUUUGAAGACGAAAUGAAAAUCAC